GAACUACAGCUCCCGUGAUUCUUCGCCUGUUUGUCCUUGCGCGUGCGCACUCGCCAGAUUCGGUGGCGGCAGAGGAGCUCCUUUUGUUUGGUAGGCGCCAGAUACCUGAGAACCGAACCGAGUCCUGCGAGAAGAGAUCCCAGCCCGAACUGCAUGCACGAGGCGUAGAUCUGCACCCGGAGUAAUCCCGCGUAGGUUUGCAUUGCGAAUCCGACAUAGAUUUGCAGGUAUAUAAUCAGACGGUAGACGGGCCCGGGAGCCGCCUGGGACCAACCCAGAGGGCGAUUGUAGAGGAAGGGUGGUAACUCAAGCAGAUAAACUGGCGGCCUCAAUGGGAAAAAAGCAAAACAAGAAAAAAAUGGAAGAAGUUGUGGAUGAGGAAGAGGAAGAAUACGUGGUGGAGAAAGUCUUAGACCGACGGGUGGUCAAAGGGAAGGUAGAAUACCUGCUGAAAUGGAAAGGUUUUUCUGAUGAAGACAACACCUGGGAGCCGGAGGAGAACCUCGACUGCCCUGAUUUAAUUGCCGAGUUCCUUCAGUCGCAGAAAGCUGCGCACGAGGCCGAGAAAUCAGAGGGUAGCAAACGCAAAGGGGAUUCAGACAGUGAGGUCGGGGAGGAGAGCAAGCCAAAGAAAAAGAAAGAAGAGGCAGAGAAGCCGCGUGGAUUUGCCAGGGGUUUGGAACCAGAGAGAAUUAUUGGAGCCACUGACUCCAGUGGAGAGUUGAUGUUCCUGAUGAAGUGGAAAAACUCAGAUGAAGCGGACCUUGUCCCAGCCAAGGAAGCCAACGUGAAAUGCCCCCAGGUUGUGAUCUCUUUCUAUGAGGAAAGACUGACAUGGCACUCUUACCCUUCGGAAGAUGAUGACAAGAAAGAAGAGAAGAACUAAGUGCCCUGCACAAACUAUUAAACACCGACCUCAGAGGGUGGGUGAGAUUUAUACUCUUGUUACUCCACGACAGGACGGGGAGAGGUCCUGCAGGAUUCAGUCUGUCCUGCAGCCCUGGUCAGUAUUUUCCAUUUAAAAAAAAAAAAGUUUUUAGCUUUCUGUCUGGUGGAACGUAGCGCAGGAGACACUGCACCCUACAAGCUUCUCCUCCUCCUUCCAAAUAGUGUUAUAAACUGCAUUUUUACCGAGUAGCAUGUAAUGUUUGGCUAUUAGUGAUGUCUGUUAAAAAGACGUUGGUCACUGGGGUGGGAGGGAUGGGGGGAAAAAGUUUUUUUUAUUUUAUAUUUUAAUCCUGGAAAGAAGAAAAAAUAUUGCCAACAGUCAAGGACCCUGCAGCAAAUCUACUGCUGGCAGUUCAAUCUCUGGGUCUUUACUGUGGGGGACCAGAUCGGUCGAGAAAAGAGGUUUGCUCCCCAUUCCUUGGUUCUUCAGGCAGAAACAUGGAGCAGGUGUUCUGUUUGUGGGGUUUUUUUUUUUUAAACAAUUCCCUGUCUUGAACUCUUUUAGACCUUUGCGCCCGGUUACCUGGUCUGGGAUCACCUAUAGAGUCAUUGUAUAAAUUGUCUAAUUUUUAAUACUUUUUUUUCUUGUUUUUAACGCAUGUGUCUAGGGUUCUGUGAAACUUUGUUUAAAUGUAAAGUAAAUCUUAGGCAACAUUUUGUCAGUCCGUCGUCGUAAUAAAACUUCUAGAUUUCUAAA